GGUUGCAGACGUCGCCAUGGGGUGCCAAAAGUCCCUCCUGCUUUUCCUCUGCCUGGUGCUGACGGUGAGCCUGCAUCGGUCGGCAGCUCAGCAUUGGUCCCACGGCUGGUACCCUGGAGGGAAACGGGAGGUCGAUUCAACCCGGAGUACCGAGGUCUCUGAAGACAUUAAACUGUGCGAUGGGGAAGAAUGCAGUUCCGUGAAGAUCCCAAGAGAUAAAAUGGUGAAGACUCUCCUGGCUGACAUGCUAGCAAGACAACUUCAGAAGAAAAAAUGACCCCCUUUUGGUGUGCUUUUGGAAACCGUGCUGGGUAGGGCCCGCUUUCUGUCCACUUUGUGUUUUCUGUUUGCAGAAGUGUUGUGCCUCGCCUGUUCAAGAAAUUCCUAAGAACGUCUCAGCAGCCUUUAUUCACUUCCCCAGCAUGUCAACCUUAAUUACUUGAGCAGCUGAA